UUUCACCUCUACCAUCACGUCGCGUCUUCCGAAAUGUCGCGGCCAACCGAAGAACUCAUAAGUGGAGGGGAUGAAGUCAUGGAGGAGCAGGAAGAGCAAGAUGAGCAGGAGGACGGAUACACGUCGUCUACUCCUACCUCCACUUUGACAUGGAUAUCCUGGUUUUGCUCACUCCCCGGGCACGAAUACUUCUGCGAAGUCAGCGAAGAGUUCAUCGAAGACGAUUUCAAUUUGACUGGUCUGAACUCGAUGGUGCCUUUUUGGAAAGAAGCGAUGGAGAUGGUCUUGGACGUUGAACCAGAUGAAGAUGCAGCGAAGAUACCCGACGUGUCCAUCGUAGAAUCAUCGGCAGAGAUGCUCUAUGGGAUGGUGCAUCAACGAUACAUUUUGGGAAGGGCAGGUCAGCAAGCUAUGGUGGAAAAGUACGAAAGUGGUGUUUUUGGCUCAUGUCCCCGCGUAUACUGCGUUGGUUGCAACGUUGUACCUUGUGGACGCUCUGAUAUACCCGGACUGGAUACAGUGAAACUGUUCUGUCCAAAUUGCAACGACAUCUAUGUUCCCCCCAGCAGUCGCUUCCAGGGUGUCGAUGGGGCCUUCUUUGGAACCACUUUCGCGCAUCUCUUCUUCCAGAACUACCGUGAAUCAGCUCCGGCCCCCUUUUGGAAACCUCCUCCGCCAGGUCAGGCAUCUCCACGUAGUGCUGCACUGAACCGUGGGACACCCUUCGUCAACCCAAAUCCAUACGGCGGGCAAAAGAGGGCCAAUGGAUACGUUUAUGUUCCACGAAUCUACGGUUUCAAAGUCAGCGAACGAGCCAAGUGUGGGCCGAGAAUGCAGUGGCUACGAUUGCGGCCGGAAUCUCCGGAGGAACUGGAUCAGGUAGAUUGGCGAGGUCGAUGGAUAGAUGAGGAAGAUUAUGACGAGGACGACGAGGACGGAGGGGACAGGCAGAUGGAAGACUUUGAUCCGGAUGCAGUCGACGAUGAAGACGAUGAGGAGGAGGAGGAAGAGGAGGAAGACGACGAUAGGGAAGCAAUGCAAGGCCAGACGCGUCAUGGCCAUAGACAAGCGAAUGUCCCUGUGACAGUGAGCCACGCAGUCCGAGCCGUUCCAAUAGUCGUGGGAGACUCAAAGGCAGCCAUUGUCACCAUGACCCCAGGAAAGCUAAAGAUUGUUCGACGGCCGGCAGAGAUCAUGGGGCUGGCUUAGUUGUCUACCUUUUGUUUUUGUUUUUCUGGUAACAGUUUCCGAUAAUCUACAUAACAAUGGUCAAUCUAAUCAGGUCCUUAUCGAUUUCAUCACACGUGAUUAAGAUCACGUGCUACUAGCAAGCUCGGCAUCAGCGUCUGAACAAGGCCGACCUUGCAAAUUCCAAGCAUCCCCUCAAGACUAGUCGACGCCAUGGCCCGUACCAACAUCAGUUAUGGCCUCAACCGCGGCCACCCCACCACGGCCAUCCCCAAGACCGUCCGUCCCAGCCAGCGCAAGGGCGUUCAAUCCACAAAAACGAAGUUCGUUCGGUCGAUCGUUCGUGAGGUUGCCGGAUUCUCUGCCUAUGAGCGUCGGGUAAUGGAGCUGUUGAGGAACUCCAAGGACAAAAAGGCUCGCAAGCUCACCAAAAAGCGGCUUGGGACAUUGUUGCGCUCGAAGCGCAAGUUGGAGGAGCUGCAGAGUGUCAUCCAGGAGAGCAGACGGGCGGGCCACUAGAGCGUUGGAUUGCAUCAAUAUGAACCCUAUGCUGCCUUGUAUUUCUCAUGCGACUAUGUGGGCCUGCACACGACUUUUUUGCUCCCUCUCUUCUCCGCCUCCAAUAAUCCGUGAUGUCUGUUACGUUGUGAUCAAAGUGCCGGCUAUCGAGAAUCUAGCCAAUGUCUGUGACAGCGCACACGCUCGUAGAAUGUUCCCUGACGUCGAAAUGAAUGGCAGUUUUAUGUCUGCCUUGGAGUUUGCCUUUGUGAGCCUUGGUGGACAGACCAGAAUCCUGCCCUUGUCGAAUUGUCAAUGUUGAUCGGAUGAUCUUUGAGACUGGGUAAAUGCAGAAACGUGAGGUCGUCCGGCGCGUUCGGG